AUGACCACUCACAAGAAGCUGCGUAUCCUCUGUCUCCAUGGUAUGGUCCAAAAUGCUGCAGUCUUUCGCAAAAAGACUGCUGUCAUUCGGAAGAAGCUCGACAAGAUGGCUGACUUGGUGUAUGUUACUGCGCCUCAAAUGACCACUGACCCCAAGUAUACUUCUGAAGCUCAUCGUCUUGCUGCUGCUGAUGAGAAUGCCCCUGAAGAGGAGAAGCCUUUUGCUUGGUGGCAACCUUAUCCUGACCAACAAACUGAAGAUGGCUACUACAUGGGAUUCAAAGAGUCUGUUGCUUUUGUAAAGGAUGUCAUGACCAAAGAGGGCCCAUUUGACGGUAUCUUUGGCUUCUCUCAAGGUGCCUGUCUUGCUGCUGUUAUCCUCGUUGCUCUCGAAGAUCGUACUUUGGCACCUGCACUCUUUGGUCCUGAAUUUGAGCAUCCCAACUUUAAGUUUGCUAUGCUUGCUGCUGGUUUCAAGCCAGCAGCUCAAAAGGCUACACAAAAUAUUUGGACUCACAAGAUCAGCACUCCUACUCUUUUCAUGAUCGGUCAAGAAGACAAGUUGAUUUCACCUGAUCUCCAAGAUGAACUCGUUGCUCAAUGUAUUGAUCCUGCUGUCAUUCGUCAUACUGGCGGUCAUGUUGUUCCCUCUAAUGCUCCUUCUCGUAACGAAACUGUUGCAUUUGUUUCCAAAUUUGUAUAG